AUUCCCAAUGGCAUGGGGGAUAGAAUCAGGGAGAUCAGGAAGAGGUUCGAUGAGAUCUCGGAGGAUCGGAAACGCCUCCGUUUAAGAGAGGAAGAUGGAGAGCGACGGUUCUUCAGAGCUUUGAGCCCACCACCAAGCGGUGGAUGAGUCGAGUAUUUAUGGAAGGGAACAUGACAAGCAGAAGGUAAUUGAUAUGCGGUCCUCUGAGGGUAUGGGAAAUGGUAUCUCUGUCAUUUCGAUUGUCGGCAAGGGAGGACUGGGAAAAACCACCAUCGCUCAGCUGGUCUACAAUGACUCCAAGGUCAAAGAAUAUUUUGAUCUGACUGGAUGGGUUUGUGUAUCCGAUGAUUUUGAUGUUCCGAGGCUAACAAAGGCCAUCAUCGAGUCUAUUACUGAAAAAUCAUGUAAUCUUACAGAAAUCAGCCCACUUCAAAAUUCUCUCAAGAAAAAAGUGGAGGGGAGGAAACUAUUGCUUGUCCUAGAUGAUGUCUGGAAUGAGCAACAAAGCCUUUGGGAGACCUUUAGAAUCCCUUUUGUUGGAGCAGAAACAGUAGUAAGAAUUAUCGUGACCUGUAGGAAUGAUUCGGUUGCCAAGAUCAUGCAGACGGUGCUUCCUUAUCAUCCUGGCUACUUGUCUGAAGAUGAGUCUUGGUCAUUAUUCAAGCAUUAUGCAUUUGCCGGUCGAGACCCUGAAGAACAACCACACUUGGCGGAUACCGGUAAGCAGAUUGUUAAGAAGUGUUCCGGUUUACCAUUGGCUGUGAAGACGAUAGGAAGCCUUCUAAGACACGAGAUGGACGAAGAUUGUUGGAUGGAGGUCUUGCAAAGUGAUCUAUGGGAACUAGACAAGAACAAUGAGACUUUGGCAUCUCUUAGAUUAAGCUACAAUCGCAUGCCAGCACAUCUGAAACCCUGUUUCGUUUACUGUUCCAUGUUUCCGAAGGAUUAUGUGUUUAGAAAAGAUGUUUUAGUCAGAUUGUGGAUGGCACAAGGUUACAUCCCACCUCGAGGUAGAAAAACAAUGGAGGACAUCGGAGAUGAAUGUUUUAAUGACUUACUAACAAGAUCAUUCUUUGAUUUACAUCGUGAUUACUUACGUCAUACUACAUUUAAGAUGCAUGAUAUGAUACAUGAUCUAGCAAAAUCUAUUGCUGGAAAUGAGUGCUAUGCAAUUGUGGAUAAGAAGCUACCCGGUUCUCCUGAUAAGGUUCGCCAUUUAUACGUGCAAGGUGUCGGGGAAUUAGUGAAAUCACCGAGCCCCCACAAUCUUAGGGCCCUACGGACCUUGUCACGAAUGGAACACUAUGCCCCAGUUUCAAUAGGAAUCCAAGAAAUGAUCCAGUUUUCGCUGCUAAGAUGUUUAGAAUUUUGUUGGCUAGAAGUUGAGAUCCCAGAUUUACUCGGUAAUCUGAAGCACCUACGCUACUUACAUAUUGCAUCGCAUUGGAUGAAGAAGCUCCCUGAAUCAGUAUGCCUCCUUUACCACCUACAGACAUUGAUUCUUGACUGUGGUGCUCUUGCAAAGUUACCAGAUGGCCUAGGUAACCUUAUUAACCUACGAUGCUUGAAUCUAUCUUCAGAUUGUAUUAAAAGGCUCCCUGAAUCAGUUCGUCAGCUACGCAACCUGCAGAGUUUGGAUCUUCACUGGUGCAAAGAACUUAAAGAGUUACCCAGUGGCAUAGGAAGCCUUACUAACCUCCGCCACCUAGAUAUUAUGGGCACUCAAAGUCUCUGUCUGCCAGCUGGAAUCGAAAAGCUAACAAAUCUUCAGAGAUUGCGUGGACGUUAUAAAGUGCAGGGUGGGAUGGGAGUGUUAGAGGACUUGGUGAACCUCCAGGGAGAUCUUUGCAUCGCAGGGCUCGGGAAUUUGGUCGGUACAGAGGAUGCGAAGGAUUUCGGCCUUGAAUAUAAGCAUAAACUUGAGCGGUUGCAUCUAUUUUGGGAUGCUGGCCGCACAGAUGAUUGGAUUUAUGAUGGACUGAAUCUAGAAGUUUUUCUAGAGGAAAAUAAGGAUGUUCCAGCCGAUGAAAAAAGGGAGGAAGCGCUGCUUGAGUGUCUCCAACCUCCCACCAACCUCAAAGAGUUGGUUAUAGAUGGGUAUGGUGGUUCCAAGUUUCCAGAAUGGGUGGGAAAUCCUUUGUCCCUUGCAUCACUUCGAGAAAUCCAUAUAUUUGGAUGUGAAAACGUAAGGUUCCUUUCUCUACACAUGCACGCAUCCAUAUCAAAGUCCAUGCUUGAGCGCGUGUCCAUUGAAUAUUGCCGGCGGCUCCAAUCCAUAGGAGGACUGCCAUCCAAGCUUCAAAAUCUGCAUAUUGAGGGGUGCCAACAGUUGACAUCACUGUCGGGAAUGCAAAACCUUGCUUCUCUCACACGAUUAGCUAUAAAAGAUUGUCCUAAACUUCAGAUCAUGGUAGAAGAUCAGCUCCCAUCUAUGCCUGACUGGGUGCAUAUUAUUGAUUGCCCUGGAUUGCUCAACUGGUGUGAAAUACAAAAAAUCAACUGCAUUCAGGUCGCUUCAUCGGGAAACAAGCUGACUAUAUCGAACACGUGGGAGAAGAUAAUGCAUGGGUUUGAUGAUUUGACAUCCGUUAAGCAUAAGCAAUUCAGCACAACCAAUUCUUGGCGUUUGUUUGCGAAAACAUACAUCAUGAGCAUACUUGAAGAGCUGACAAUAUGGGGUUGCACGCACAUCCCACCUAUACACUGCCUGCCCGAACUCACAUAUCUCCGAAGCUUGGUUAUAAAGGACUGUCCUGGAAUCCAAGUCGUGACAGAUGAACUGCUUCCACGCACGCUCAAUUCCUUGGUAGUUGAUAGCUGCGAGGACCUAAGGUGUUUGCAGUUGGCGCAGCAGAACCGAGAUGCACUUAAGGAGCUGCAGAUUGUGAACUGCCCCAAGCUCACGAUGGUGGAAGGGCUGAAAUGCAUUUUCUUCCCUAAAUCCUUAAGACUAGAGCAAUGCCCUCAACUCCUGCUUCCACAUUCAGAGGAAGAAGAGCGCAAAGAAACAAUUGAUGAUAUGGAAUGAGUGAUGAGAUGUGGGGUGAUUCAACAAGUGAUGAGGUGUGAGGUGAUUGCAAUAUGGCCCAAUUCCCAGAAGGGCUUCCUUCCAGUAGCAGCUCUCGUUCCCUGGUACAUAUCCUUGCAGAACCAUUGAAAUGAAUCGGCACGAGGCCAAUUAAAUCUAUUUUUAAUUAUUUUUAUCUAAGCAAAAAAUAACUAAGUUUGUAUAUUUCUUUUUUGCUUUGAUACAAAAUUGAACAUUUGCUGGUAUGACACACGCGCAUACUGCACCAACAAGUGUUUGGCAUGGGUAUCGGCAUUGAUAUUUAAAUCCUUGGUCAACAUUAACCAAAGUUGAUUGCUGUCAUCUUCCUUGAACGUACAAUGUGUUAACAAAAAAAAUUAGUUUCUCGUCGAACUUGAUUGUUUA